AUUGGCAUCGCACUCCGUAUGCUAUAGAGGUUAUAAACGCACGUUCUAGUCUUAAAUAUACUCUUAUUAUUUAAUUAUACUGUGUUAUUAGAUAAUUAUUACAAAACAGUGUUAAUAAUGGCCCCAGUGAACCUUAUUGAAGUGAAUUCCGAUGGUUUUAAGCAGUUUUUGGACUCGUUUGAUUAUGUGUUCUCGGAUUGCGACGGUGUAUUAUGGUUAAAGCAAGCAUUACCUGGAGUUGGAGAAUUUUUCAGACUUAUGAAAGAAAAUGGAAAAACAGUACAUUUUGUUUCCAAUAAUAGUAUACGAUCAAAAGAAAACUAUACAACUAUGUUCGAUAAAGUUGGAAUCCCUGGUGGCUUUGAAAAGCUGACAACUCCGUCAGUAGCCAUGGUUGAAUAUCUCAAGUCAGUUAAUUUUGACAAGCACGUAUACUGUUUAACGUGUCCAGAAACGAAAAGGAUGUUUGAAUCGUACGGAUUUAAAACUAAAUAUGGACCAGAUGUCGUCCACGAUAACUUCGGCGACUUCUCAGAGUACCUUAUCGACGACACCGACAUCGGGGCCGUGGCGUUUGACAGCGAUUACAAAGUGAAUCUGGCCAAGAUGUACAAAGCCGCGACGUAUCUGAAGAGGCCUGAAGUGCUCUUUAUGAAUGGACCGACGGAUAAAUACGUCCCAUUUAAUGGACAAAUGGCAGCAGGUGUAUCGUUCGCCGCCGAAUUGGUGUCGGAAUUAGUAAAAAGGGAACCUAUCGGACUGGGGAAGCCGUCACAGGACUUCGGAGUAUUCGCGAUGCGACGGGCGUUUGUGACUGACCCUAGUAGAGUGUUGUUUAUCGGAGACAUGAUCGAGCAAGACGUGGGCCUAGGUAAGAACACGGGCUUCAAAACAUUGCUGGUUCUAACUCACCACACCGAAGAAGAAAUGAUGGCGGAACCUGCCGCUCGCCAGCCAGACUUCUUUGCACCGUGUUUAGGAAAUAUAGUACCCAAGUUUACGGAAUAAGUGAGACUAGGAGCGGGACUUUUUUGGGUUCAAAUAUAGAAGAUUUAUUUGGGUGAAAUGGCAAAAAAGUUGUACAAAAUGUUGUGUUGUUGAUUCCAUUGUGUUACGAAAAUCAACUAAAUAUGUAAAUCGUAUUUGAUUGUAUUGAUUGUACUUAAUUCAUACGCAUAUAAGUUCAUAAGCAUACGCUUACUUACAUACUUUUAUGCAUAUAACUUAAAUCUACAUAAACGGCUUAUUAUCGUAAACAAUGGAAUCAUUUAACUUCAGACUAAUUUAAUACAGGUCUUUAAGUAUAUGUAAGCAUUAUUUUUUUUGCAAUUCACCUACAUAUUUGUUUAUGAGCCAGAAAUAAGGUAUCAGGACUGGCCUACCUGACGGGCAAUAAGAAUGGGGCAUGAAUGAGGCCAGUACAUCGGUGCUACAUCGCUACAACGCGAUUGGUUGACGAGUUCGCAUCACGCGCGGGAUUGGUCGCAACUAGUUGCAUUACAUUGCACGAAUGGCUCUAAUUCGUGAGUGACACCGCUGAACUAGUAAGCACCAUUUUUAGGGUUCCGUACCCAAAGGGUAAAACGGGACCCUAUUACUAAGACUUCGCUGUCCGUCCGUCCGUCCGUCCGUCCGUCCGUCCGUCCGUCCGUCCGUCCGUCCGUCUGUCACCAGGCUGUAUCUCACGAACCGUGAUAGCUAGACAGUUGAAAUUUUCACAGAUUAUGUAUUUCUGUUGCCGCUAUAACAACAAAUACUAAAAACAGAAUAAAAUAAAGAUUUAAAUGGGGCUCCCAUACAACAAACGUGAUUUUUGACCAAAGUUAAGCAACGUCGGGCGGGGUCAGUACUUGGAUGGGUGACCGUUUUUUUUUUGCUUUUUUUUUUGCAUUGUGGUGCGGAACCCUUUGUGCGCGAGUCCGCCUCGCACUUGCCCGGUUUUUAGUGCCCGUAAGGCCCGUCCUGUGAUAUACGUCAAUGGGUAUUUCAUUUAAUUUGUUUCAUUUUGGAAUAAUGAUCGUCACUCAUGUAUACCCCAGUGCAUUUAUGUUAGUUUAAUUUAGUCAUGAACCAAGACUCGCUACAAAACCCUUUACCUUUACCCUUUGUUUCCCAUAAAGUUUUAAGUCAUAAUGUAUUGUUUGUCAUAUUAUCGUUAGUCAUAAAACUGAAACCAUUAACUUUUCAGGAUUUUCGUAAAGAUAUUCUAUAGAUAGGAUAGGUUAGGUUAGGUUUGUUUUGUGGCAAUCCUGAAAAGUUACGCGUUUCUGAGAAAAACCAAUUAUGACUAACGAAAAUUCGGACAAACAAUACAUUAUGACUUAAAACUAUUUAGGAAAAAAUAGAGACCCGCUACAAAAGUAAUAAAUACCGAUGUAAAUCUCGUACCUAUCUUAGUAUAGAAUAAGAAAUAAAUACGAGGUUAUGAGGAGUAUUUUUGUUAUUAAAUUUUGGUUGAUAAUUGACAAUGUAUUCAUUAUACUGUUUUAAUUUUUUUAUCUGAUUUUGUAUCUUAGUAUAUGAUAUGAUACUAAAUAAAGAUAUUAGAAUUGUAUUUUUUAACUUUAUUUAGCUAAAAUUUUUCUUAUAGGUAAAUGAAACGAACAACUAAUUUUCAUGUAUACUUUUAUACUUUUUAGGUAUAUAAUUUAUGUAUAAUUAUAUCUUUAACGCAAUCUUUCUAAAGUACUUAAUUAAUUUUUGUGAUGUGAUGAAUAUGUAACUUAUGUAUGUUAGUCGUGUAUUUAGAAUGUUUUCCUAUACUUAAUUAUUACAAUAAUUUAUUUACAGUACAUAAUGGUGCUAAUACUUUACCGCCCUAAUGCGGUAAUUGGCACAAUACGUGUCUAAAAUUUAAAGGGCCAUAUAAUGUACUGUAGAAUGUUGUAAAAUACACGUGCGAAAUUCUACUUUUCGCACUUGUAUCGUAAUAUACCUACUAUUAUAAUUUAAGCUUCUCUAUUU